CGAUUAUUCACACGUGAGAACAGUGUCACCGAGUGCGAAUUAGCGUUGUGUCAUUGCAUAAAGUCGAGGCAUAAAAAAGUAAAAAAAGAGUUGACGUCCUCCGAACAAUUAUGACGUGGACAACGCGAUAAGCUUCGUUUACGGACAAAAAGAAUAGUAUGUAUAAAGUACUUCACAAUCAAGACAUAAAACACGAGUGCUCGCGGUCAGGGGGACUGCACGCGUAUCCUGAUCAUUUCAGGGAACCUAAAAAGCUCUGUCUUUAAACCACAGCCGUCUGCUAAAUGAUCAUUUAAAGGUUCCUGUCCUCUGGUAGGACUUUGUAUAUAGUGUACAUACCGCUUUUCUAACAGAGGAUCUCGCUCAGAUAAGCCGAGCAAGCUCGAAGAAUCGAACACAGAGAACACGCGGCGAUUUCAACGAGUCGAAGUUUUUACUAUUCAAAUCCCAUUCAAAUCCGACGCAUGCAUCAACCUAGAAAAAGCACCGAUCAGGCUAAAUAGCUGCGAGAAAAGAAAAGAGAGGAACAUCGGUGGAGAGACAGAGAACGAGAGGAAGAAGAACGAGCACAAGAUGAAGCAACAAGCUUCGUCGGACGAGUUCCCCAUAUGGAUGAAAUUACUUUCUGCAGGCACGGCAGCCUGCAUCGCUGAUUUAGCAACGUUUCCUUUGGACACCGCCAAAGUCAGAAUGCAGAUUGCUGGAGAAAGUCGUCCUCUCCUGCUGGCAUCAGCGGACGGCUCCAUGCUCGCGGUUCGAAACGCGCAUCCAGGAUUAUUGAGGACAGUAGGGAACAUCAUCAGACUCGAAGGAGCAAGGAGCCUGUACGGAGGUCUGUCCGCGGGACUCCAGAGACAGAUGUGUUUCGCCAGCAUACGGUUGGGCCUCUACGACGGGGUGAAGUCACGCUACGCUGGAAUCAUCGACGGUAAUAACAGGAGCGGAUCGAAGAGCAUUUCUGUGCGAAUAGCCGCUGGAAUCACGACAGGCGCCCUGGCGGUGCUUUUCGCUCAGCCGACUGAUGUCGUCAAGGUUCGCCUACAGGCUGGAAGUAUUGGACGAUCGUCGGUGAGAUACAGCUCCACCCUACAAGCGUACAAGAAUAUCGCUGCUGAAGAAGGGACGCGGGGCCUUUGGAAAGGAACCAUGCCCAACAUCUCGAGAAACGCGAUCGUAAACGUGGCGGAGAUCGUCUGCUAUGACAUCAUCAAGGAUUUCAUUUUGGAGCGCGACUACCUGCGCGAUGGGAUCCCUUGCCAUAUAACGGCCGCUGUGGCGGCAGGACUGUGUACCACCCUGGCUGCUAGUCCUGUAGAUGUGGUGAAGACUCGUUACAUGAACAGCGCUCCCGGCGAGUACAAAGGCGUGAAGGAUUGCGCCGUUCGUAUGAUGAUGAAGGAAGGGCCGUCCGCGUUCUACAAAGGCUUCGUGCCCAGCUUCACGCGUCUGGUAUCCUGGAACAUCGUUAUGUGGAUCACCUACGAACAGUUCAAGGUCUACGCGAAGAAGAUGAACGGCGACCAGUAAAACAUCCAUCCCUGUCGCGUUCCGCAUCGUUCUCGAUCGACUGCAGUACUCGUCGAUUCACAAGAUGUGCACACACGAGCCGUGUUUUAAUUAAACUGCAGCUUCAUAAUCUGUAUUUCGAUCGUGUAGCUUAGAAGAUGGGAGAAUGUAUUGUCGAAUGUAUUGUCGGUUAGAUUUGGUCGUUUAUCGAAUAGAGAGCCUCUUGCCUGCUGUCGUUUGCAGUCGUUGUUCCUCCGCAAAAUUUUGACGCGUAUAUACACAUACAUUUACAUACAUAGUUUUUCCCUUGAGUACUUAGAUAGUGCAUGUUGUAUUGAUUAAUUGUACACUUAUUUACUUUCCAUUGAUUGUCAAAGUUAUUGUGCGGAUUUCAAACUUGACGACAGUUUCAGGAUCCUGUCUGUAGGUAACGGUAUCUAUCGCUGGCUUUUCUACCUGAUACGUAUUCGUAUGUAAUAAUUACUCGCAAAGAUUUUUACCUAUUCGUACGUAGAGGGUGUGUAUGGCAUAUGAUAGAAAAGUUGUUAACGUUACGCUGCUUCAUAGGAUGUGUGUAAUUGUUCGCACGAGGAUAGAUAUUAGACUUUCUUUCUCCUUAAUAAAGGACCUUAAGUAUAAGAGUGUUUAAGCAUAAUUUCGUUGAUCUUACUUGCUUAGUUUGCAAACGAUGGCAGCCCAAUUCUCCCAUCUAUCGUUGUAUUUUCAAUUUUUUGUUUUCGUAGAUAUUUCGACCGCGCGUGCACUCAUGAUUGGGAGUCGAUCAAAUUAAAAUGAUUUGACAAGACGGAGGAAACCUGUCCGUCCAAAAUUACAUUAUGAAACAAGCCGAAUACUAUAUGUGACUACGUAAUUGGCCUGUUUUAAUAUAGUCCAUUUCGAAAAAGAAAAAAAUACUCGUUUUUCAAUAAGUCUUUCUCAUCUUUCAACGGAGUGCACGUACGAUCAAGGAGAUCUUAGAAAAUUCUCAAUAAUCCCAUAAUGAAACAUUUUUGACUACGUAAGCUUUAGAGACAUUAGUUGGACAAUAGAGAGAAAAAAAUUUCCCCUCUCUCCCUAAUGAAUACUAAUCUAGUAUAAAAUCGCGCGCAUUACGGUACGCCAUACAGACAAUAACAUUUCAAAAAUUUUCUUUCAACGUGUUUGCAAUAUCUGUUGACAAAAAUUAACACACACGCACACAUAUACAUAUACACACAUGGAUACACACAACGAUUAUUCGACUGAUUUCCCUUUCUACGCUCUGAUUAAUUCUUCGAGGCAUUCUAGCCAUGGGCUAAACAAAGAUCCUUCGCUAUAUCUAUCUGUAUAAUUGUAAUGUUCUUUCUUCUAAUAUUUACGUUACGCGGAAUGAUUUGUCGCAAUUGUUAAUGAAAAAAAAAAAAGAAAAAGUACGGACGUAUUUCGAAUCUCAUUUCGGGUCAAUUAAUAUUAUACAGGGCACAAUUUUUAUCGAACUUCGAUCGACAACUCGUAGUCUGUUUUAAAGGCUAUGUUAUCAUCUAUUGAUGUAAAUUUCACAUUAAAAAGCAAUUCCUAUUGAUUCCGACUGUGUCAUCCAUUUACUCUAUUUUUUUUUAUCUUAUUUUUCUCCUAUUCUCUAUCAUUUUCAAUUCUCAUUUUCACAUUUAAGUAACCUCUGUGAAAUCCGUAUCUGUAGCUCGAAUACCAUACAGUAUUAGUUGUUGUUACCACAUUUGAACGUUAAUCGGUAUCGAUUAAAUUAGUUUGUUAUAAGGGAAAAAAAAUUGCUUAAUGGAAUUCUCGAUUGAUUGAUACUUCUUUUUGAACUACGUAACGAGAAACUUUACUGCCUUUACAUUGCAUAAAUGAAGCUGCAGAGUAUUUUCAACCGACGAAACGUAUUUACUCAUUUCAAGACGAACGUAUUAUAUAUAUAUGCAUAUACGUGUAUACUUUAUUGAGUCUACGUGUCAUGGUGAAUACAACAAGCUUCGUAAAGUUUUUUGCGUGUGAAAUAUUCAUAGCAAGGCUUCGUUACGAGUAAUACUGUUUUUGUAAAAAUAAAAAGUUGUUUCGAAGAGGUGAGAUGUUUUAGAACUUAGAGCCUGGAUGCCCGAUUAACGUGAAUUGUAAUGGUUGUGCAUUCGAUGUGGUAAACUUCAGCCUAAACGAUCUUUUUAUCACGAGAAGAAAAUUAACGUUAAGAUAGAUCGACUGAGCGUUUUUAUCGUGCACUUGAAUUUUACACAUUUCUAGAAUUAAAAAAAAACUGGAUAGAGAAGAAGAAGCUCUCUCUCUAUCUCUAUCUCAAUUAUUCGUUAUGAUCUGACGAAUUUCUGUUCUCUUUUUAUCUGUCUGUUUUACACUGCAAAAACGAUUCACAGCUUUUCCUCUUGAUUUCACCUUCCUCGGUUUCAUUCAAACUUUACUUAUUACUAUUCGUUUCGAUCCUACUCGAUUCGAUUCGUUGUACGCACGUCCCAUCGAUCGAGCUUCGAUUUCGCACAAAACACCGUAGAAAAAAAAAAUCUGUGCCACCCUCUUUUUAAUUCUCUGCUUUCCGUGAGAUUUGUUACUUCUGAAUUGUAGUAUGUUCUCAAAGCACCGGCAUCACACUGUGUAACGCAUCGUUUAUAAGCAGCUUGUAUUAAAGAUUGAGCAAUACGAUCUCUAGAAGCCUGAAUUUGUUAAACUUCGUGCGAAAAACUCGUGCUGAUUAACGACCUCGUAGAAGAGUGACUCAAUUUAACUAAGGAUUAGCAUAAAAUGCGAGUGAGAAUGAGAGGAAAUUUUUACACAACACUUGAGUUUUGGGUGAAAAUCUUUUCUUAGCGAGACCUUUGCCGUGUUACAAGUAAGCUUUAUUUUAUAUGAUCACAAAUCGAGAAAAUAUCACAUACAAUGAAUGUAAACAGCGAGGUGUAGCGUAAAAGGAGAACUUUGUUUCUUCGACGCUCGCUUGAUUUCGUAACUAAAUCCGUUUCGUAGAUUUCUUUUUUCUUUGGUAAGAAAUAGGACAAUUCGCAUUGAUGAUUUUUAAUCUUUAAAAUCGCUUCGAGUCGCUUCUUCUAUAAAAUAUCGCUUUCCGUUUUCGAGUCUUCUACCAUAUUGGUUGUUCGUAACGUUGAUUCUUUCAAAUUUCGAUUUGAUUUCUGGCGAUUUUUACGAUCGUCUUUUCUUUCCCUUUCUUUUUCUCUUCCGGCGAACGAAGUUCUCAAAUUCUGAUUCAAGCGGGCAUACGCUCCGUCAUCGGUGAUGUCUAAGGUGCUCAAAUUUAAUAGAAGUUUCAAUUCACAAACGGCGGCAAACGUUCGUAUUCGAAAUUGUAUUUCAAUGAAACUGGGCUUCAGUUUCCACGUAGGAUCUCCGUAGAGAUAGCUUGAUAUUUGUUACGAGUUUUAAAUAAAAAUUCCUCAAAGUGUACAGAA